AUGGUUAUCCUAUCCGAAAAAGUACUUGAGGCCUUCCGCAGCUGGGAUGUACAAGGAUGCGGCACGAUUAGCCGCAAGCAGCUGAUUCGCAUUCUCCAGAGGCUCACGCCCCAAGUCACCGAGUCGGAUCUGGAGGUGCUCUUUGUGGCUGCCGGUGCGGACAGCGGCGGUGGAGUGAAGUACAAUGACUUCAUCUCCUACUUGUGGGCUGACGGCUCCUCUGCCGAAGAUGCGAAGGAGGCAGCCAGAGCGCGGGGACUCUGGGAAGAUGCUCUAAGAAAUGCUAGAGAAAAGACUGCCAAGACUUGGCCCGCCGACAGAGUGGAUCGCUAUUGGAACGAGGUUGAGACGAGAUUGUGGUCAAAGGACUACUUCGAUCACGUCAAGACCAAUAUGUUCGUCCAGGCAGACCAGGACAAAGACGGCAGAGUCAGCUUCGAUGAAGCGAGAGCAUUGAUUUGCAAGUCGCUGCGGUGUGCAGCCGACCUAACAAAAGCCCCGCAGCCGACGCAAGAAGAAGUUCGCCAAGCGUUCGAUGCACAUGAUACGCUUGUUGAAGGAAGGGGACGAAUGGGAGUUGGUGAGUUCGUGAAUCUUGCCCGUUACCUCCAAGUUAUCGUGGCCGAAGCUAUGCUUCCUUUCAGCAAGGUAGUAUCAGGUUAG